AUGCUGCAAGCUUCACUCAUUCUCCUCGCUGAGGUGCGAAUCUGUCUGCCGUCAUCACGAAGCGUGGCUCGGAGGCGCUCUGAACUUGUCGAACUCUUUCCGGUCCAUGAGGCUAAAGAAAUUGGCGCACAACUCGACGGCAAUUCAGGGUGUGAUGGUUGGGUUCUGAUCGUUGGGACUCCUGUCGGGAAAGGUCCAGGUCUCGAUGCCGAAGUGCUGCUACGUAUAGAAGCUGGGGAAGCCCUGACGGGUUUUGAUGCCCCGGUCGUCUUCCUUGGUGGACGUCGCGAUUCGAUUCGUGCAGUUGUGGAGAGCGAGGUUGCAGGACACCUGGCAGCCCUCGCACUUUCAGCCUUACCUCGAGAAAGAGUGGACUGGGUGCAGCCUCCUUCCUCUAGCUCGCGCGGUGUCGCAGGAGCUCUGGGCAGUCAUGGUCCGGAUCGGACGCAGUACUCCUUGCAGACCUCGACAGAAGCAGGGCUUUUGACGAUCCCACCACCGGCCACGAUGUAUGUGCCGGGCAAAGGUAGCUGCCACAGUAUGCCUCAGGAAUAUGAGAUGGGAGUUGCACCAGCGGCGGCUGCAGUAAGGCAGCCAAGCCAAACCCCUUUUCAGCCAAGAGUUCGGGUGGAGACCACUUCGACUGCCGGUGCGCAGGCGGUUACUCGCUUCAUCUUUGACCUCUGA